AUGGUACCUUGCAGCAUGCAUACUCUAGCGAUGGUUUUGUGGAUGACAAAAAUCCUUCUGGAGGUCAAGGGUCAAGAAUAUGAACUGUGGGAUCCUUGGGCAGACAACUGCGAGUCCAUGGUCCCCUGUAACCUCACUGAACCCCAGACCGACCUCAUGCCCUACAUAGUUACUCUCAACAGACCCUACAUCAACAGCGAUCAGGCAGUGUACGUCUAUAUAAGAGCACUACCUCCACUCAGUUUCCAGGGGUUCAUGAUUCAGGCUCGGGACGACAAGACCGGUCAAGCUGUCGGGGAGUUCGACACAGACAACAGGAAGAUCAGCGUUAUUAAUUGCUUCGGCAGGCCAGAUAGCACGGCCAUGCACGCUGACAAUUCCCCCAAGACGGAGGUGACGGCCAGAUGGGCGCCCGAGGAUGACAAUGACGCUACCGUCACAUUUUAUGUCACAAUUGCUGAAAAGUUUAACCCUCUAGUGAGGUUCUGGGCUUGCCAGCGUACGAAAACACUUCAAAUUAUCAAGUGACUUCUUGUAAUGCUUCUGUCUUUUUACACUUGAUGUAC